GUUACUCCCUGACCCUUUCGUACUUGAAAAUUGGAAAAACGACGUUUCAAUGAUGCCCGACAUUACAUGGGGUGACAUGUACAAUUACCUUAUUAACUCCCCAAGUAACUUUACACACGAUUCAAUGAAAGCCUAUAAACCAUUGGAAUCGUACAACUUUUACAUUUGUGGGCAUGUUCAAGAUGUAUACUAUAAUUUAAUUGAAGAAACGAAUGAAUUUUGUUUCAUUAAAUCUGAGGUGCUUCCAAGUCAAAGACAAGGAAAGAAGCAGAAAUGUUACGAAGUGUGGGUUGCAAUAAAUAAAGUUAAUGGGUGGAUUUUAACGGCAAAUUGCAAAUGCAUGGCAGGAUUGGGCUCUGUGUGUAGUCACAUCGGUGCUUUGUUGUUUAAGCUUGUUGCGUGUGCACAGCUCGGUUUAAAUAAAAUAUCUUGCACAAGCACAUUGUGCAGUUGGAAAAAAUCACGCAAAUCAGCAACCCCAGCCCCACUAAAAAAAAUAAACUUUUCCCGACCAAAGAAGCGUGAAACUCUUCCAAAUAUUAGUGACAAUGAAAACUCACAGGAUGAAAGACCUUACAGCUUUAAGGAUCCUACACCAACUUCAGAUAGUAAAAAAAAAAAAGUUGCUAGAACUAAAAAAAUUGUAUAAGAAUGCUGCAGUUCUUCAGUCUGUAGACAUUAAAAAUGAAAGCAAAGAACAUUGUAGUGAUACAGAUACUGCGGAGGAGGAUGACAGUUACAAUGAAUAUAAUUUGCCGGAACCACUUA